AUGAUUAAAUAUGUAUUGGUUUUAUUGUUAUUUAUUGAAGUAUCUUUUGCUUCUACCCUAUGUGCUAAUAUAACUCAUAGUGUAUCACAUGUUGCUUUCGGUAAUUAUUUAUCCUUCUCCGCCGGCUUAAUUCUUACUUGCUUUUCAACACCUUUAGUCGAUGAUAAAUCAUUUUCAGCUAAAAUCAAAAGAUUUUUAACCAAUGGAACAUCAGCGUGCAUACAACUUAGUAUAUUAGUAGCUUUUAUGACAUUUAUGACAAUCAAAUUCUUCUUGGACAAUAACGAAGAAUUACCUAGAUUAAUUUACAUUUGUUCGAAGAUUAUGUAUGUUUGUUGUUCUUCAUUUGUUCUUAGUUGUAUUUUAGCUAGUCACGCUUCAGAGUGUUGGGAAGUUGUUAUUGGUUUUAUUAUUUCUGGUUCUUUCCUUUUAAUUUAUGUUGUUCAAUUAAUCAUUCAAGCCUAUUUCAAAGACCAUUUUCCAUCUACCGGAUACAUGUUUUUGUUUCAAUGGAUAAGCCUUCUUUCACCUUUAUUAACUAUACCAUUAUUUCUUAUUCUCCAAUGCAUUUUUAAAGAUGAUCGUGCAGCACCAUAUGCACUCGCAUAUCCUAUAUUAUUUCAAUUAUAUUUACAUGUAGGAUAUAUAUGUUUUUUCCUAUAUUGUGAUGAAGGCUAUUUAUCAUCAAUUUUGUUAUUUGUAAGUGGAUUCGUUCUGAAUAGUGCUGUCCGUAGUACAUAUGAAUCGGUAUUUCCAAGUCAUCAUUGGAACACAGUUAAUGUCAAAGAAGAGAAAAAAAAUACUACUGAUCCUGUAUAA